AUGGAGAGAUUGGGAGGAGACGUCCUAGGGCCUUUCCCCAUCCCCGAGGCAGGGAACCGGCGCGUGUCGGUGGCCAGGGACUGCUACAGGAGGCUGAGGGAGCGGCCACGAGUGGUUCAUGACUACACCCGCCAGGCCCAGACAGAUGUUGCUUUGAAAAAUUUGGACUUUCUAAAAGUGGGAUGCUUUGCUCAUACCCUCAACCUGGCAGCACAAAAGGUGUAUGACAUUCCUGCAGUUUCCAGCUGGUGUGCCAGAAUCUGUUCAGUUGUGGUGUGGCUCAAACGUUCAUCCUUGCGCAAAACUGUGCUCAGAGAAAAGCAGCGAAUCCUGAAUUUGCCAGAGCACAAUGUCAUUCUUGAUGUUAAGACGCACUGGAAUUCUCUCUUCCUGAUGGUGGAGAGAUUUAUGGAGCAGUUUGAUGCAAUCCAGGCAGCUGCUCUGGAUCAACAGCUGAGGAAGCCUGUGGAGAAGGACAAGCUAGAAAGGUUCACGCACACUGAUUUAAUGAAGGCAGAGGAGUUUAUUAAGUGCAUGCAAGUCCUGUACACGUCAAGCAUGUGUGUGUCAAGUGACGAGUCACCCACAUGCAGCCAAAUCAUCCCCAUCCUGGCCAAGCUGGAGGCACAUUUCAGACGAUGUGAUGAAGACAGUUUUUUCACCUCUUCAAUAAAAGAGAAAGUCUGGGGUAGUCUGCAGAAAAGAUAUCAGGAUGAAAACCUUCAGAAAUUUCUGAAGGAGGCCACGAUGAUGGACCCACGUUUUAAAGGCAGGCUAGAUGGUGAGGCAGCUACUGACAUCUGGGACAGGUUGGAGAAGGCAGCAGUUGCAAAUGCCACAGCAGCAGUUGCACAGCCUCCCACCGAGGACCCCAAAGCACACAGCGAGGUGGAUGAUGCUGACAUGGACAAGCCAGAAAAAUAUCUAAGAAAGAUCCAGAAGUCACCCUCAGAAAAGCUGUUUGAGGAUGAGGACAGAGAGCUUCAACAGGCUGCUUCUCAAGCGGGUAGAUUCCCCUCAAUCACAGAGCAGGUACAGAAGGAGCUUGAAAUAUACAAAAGACUGCCAGGAAUUACCUCUGGACAAGACCCUGUGGCCUGGUGGUGGAGUAAGAGGGAUACACUCCCCAAUUUAUCUGCCCUAUCAGAAAAAUACUUGUGUGUCCCAGCCUCAUCAACGCCUUCUGAAAGAGUUUUCUCUUGUGCUGGGCAUGCCAUCAGCCAAGAGCGAUGCUGUAUAGCUCCAGAGAAAGCUAAUAUGAUUAUCUUUUUGCAAAAAACCAGCUAA